AUGGGCAGAAAAAGAUGGCCAAGACACACUUUAAGCAGAGCGGAUGCUGCAGGAAAGAUUACCACAGCUUCCAAUUCAUGGACUGUUUCUCCAUCUGUCUAUACGCAAUCAUAUCAGUCACACACAACCAUCAAAUCAGCUACUCCUUUACUUGACAUCACCAGCAAACCAAAAGAAAGUGUUUCGACAGAUUUGGCUAUCCAGACUGAUCCUACAACGCAGGAAGCACUGGAAAAUUCAUCUUUAUCAGAAUUCAAUACUGAAUCAGUCAAUAACCUUUUGCUUUCUAAAACAUCGUUUAAAAAGCGACACAACACAUUUCAUAUAUCUUCCCUCCCCAAGCAUACCGAAAUGAAUACAAAACUACCACCAACAGUUAUCUUUGAAAAUAAGACUACAUUAGCCACCGAAAGCAACUCGGAAAAUAUCUGUAAACUUGUAGAUGCAUCCGUUCAAGUUGAUCCGUUUUUGAUCGAUCUGGCUGAUCAGACUAUAACGACAGAAACUCUCUCGGACUUGGUUGAUUUAAAGCGACCCUAUUAUGAUUCUUAUAUAUACAUGUACAUUGAUCGUCUUCGAGAAAUAAAUGAAGCGCUCUGGCAGGCAGUGUCUUGCUCAAUCUGUCUUGAACUCUACUCGGCUCCAUACACGCUACAAUGCGGCCAUUCGUACUGCUUCCACUGUUUGCAAAAGUGGUGUAAGCAGCAACCAGAAACGAGUAAAAUCAAAUGUCCAGCGUGUCGAACGUUAUUGAAUUUAAAGCCUCAUCCAAAUAGUAUUGUUCAGGAAUUGGUGGAUGUCGUUAUUGAUCGCCUUCCAUUAUCAGAGCGCGAGAUACAGAAAGAGCGCAUUGAAUCUUUGAGGAAAUCGAGCAAACUUGUAGACACUCCAUGGGAAAGUCUUUGUGCUCCGUCAACAGUGAUGGAUUUUGACGAUCUAGUUCCACGCUGUAGUGUCUGCACCUGGGAGGUUGUUGAUGGUACAUGCGUGAGAUGCGGAAUAGCCUAUUAUCUUUCAAACGAUGAGCUUAGUCAGGAUCAAGACAGCUACAAUGAAGGCGUGAAUUCUAUUGAUAGAAAUCGUAUGAAUGCUCGUGGUAGUGACAGUGACAGCUCAGACCCAAUACAUGUGAAUUCCAGAGGUUUGAACUUUUCAUCUGAUCAGCUCUCCGUAUCUCAUUCUAGCGACUCGGAGGUUUCCAGCUAUGAUGAUGGAGAAGGGUUUGUAGUCGACGAUGACGAUAUGGGCAGCGUGCAGGAUUGUUUUGAUAGCGAUGUAGAAUCUUCCCAAAGCGACGAUGACAAGGCCAGUGUACAAGACACGUCCAUGUAUGAUCAAGAUGAGCCAUUACAAAUAGACUAUACUAUAUCUCAAAGGACUCGAAGGUUGACAAGAAUUGUUGAUACAGACGAGUCUGAUGAAGAUUGA